UAUCGAUACGCGGUCACACUGCUGGAGCAAAAAUUUUUUGACAACACUCAAAAUUCUCGUAAAAUAUCAACAAAAAGGUGUCAUUUCCGCGCCUAUUGGACAGCAUUUAUAAACACAUGAAGUGUAUGAUUAUAUGAGCUUUCGGGAAAUCUAACAACUAUGGCUGUUGAUAAUUGUAUUUUUUGCAAUAUUGCCACUGGUCAAGAUGCCGGAACGAAACUAGAAAUUGAAACGGACGAAUAUGUUAUUUUUCGCGAUAUUAAACCGGCUGCAACGCACCAUUACUUGGCAGUGCCAAGAGAACAUUAUGCCAGCCUCAAGGCUUUGAACAAAUCACACGAGGGCUUGGUCACACGCAUGGAAGAGGGCUUGAAACGAUUUUUGGAAGACAAAGGACUAAGCGACACAGAUGCAUUGUUCGGCUUCCAUUUGCCGCCAUUCAUUACAGUGGGCCACCUACACAUGCACGCCAUUGCGCCUCGUUCGGAAAUGGGCUUCCUCUCCAGAAUGAUGUUCAGGCCGUCAGCGUGGUUUAAAACAACCAACGAUGCGCGACUUUACCUAAGGAGCAAAGAAGACUAACAACGUCAACAAAAACAGCUCGCGAUCUGCUCUCCAUAUAUGUGUAUUAUAAUCUUCAUUCCCCUGGUAUAUCUUAAGCGGUGAUUAAUUGUACAAAAUGUAAAAGAAGCCAAAAUAUAUAUGAAGCUUCAAAUGUGAA